UGUCCCUCGGACACAGCGGAUCACCGUUCACGGAAAGAGCCGAAGAUGUCGGCUCGGUCAUGUGAUCAGCUGUGUCCAAUCACAGCUGAUCACAUGGCACUGAUGAUCAGUGCCCUGAUGAUCAGUGAAGCCCCAGCAGUUGCCACCUGUCAGUGUCCAUCAGUGCCAGCUGCCAGUGCUGAACAGUGCCACUUGCCAGUGCCACAUAUCAGUGCCUACCAGUGCACAUCAAUGCCACAUAUCAGUGCCCAUCUGUGCCAGUCAGUUCCACUUAUCAAUGCCAAUCAGUUCCACCUAUCAGUGCUGCCAAUCAGUGCCAUCUAUCAGUGUCAGUCAGUGCCGCCUAUCAGUGCCAGUCAGUGCUGCCUAUCAGUGCGCAUCAGU